CUAGUUUACUACCCAUGGUUGGAAAAUAUGAUUACUUAUAAUGGGGGUUAGCAUGUCUCUAGCAAAGUACACUAUUCUGUGGGGUCUGUUUAGGACUGGAUUGAUUGCAGUCUGUAUGUCUAUCAGAGUUUAGGGUAGUUGAGUGGCUCUGUCCUGUUUUUUUCACUCCAGCAACCACAGCAAAACUUGUUAAAUGCGACAGCACUUAACAAACACAUCUGUGAGUCCUCAUCCGGCAAUUCUUUGUUGGUCCUAUUCUCAAAAUUUCUGCUUUAUUUUACUUUUAUGUAAUUUACGUGUGUUGGGAACUACAUGUAUAUGUCUUACAAAACAUUUCUAAAAAAAGUCGUUGAUGAUUUUACAUUUAAAUUUUCAGUUUUAUUUUUAUGACGACGUUAAGGACAAUGUAUAGUACUGAACAUAAAUUAUAAACUAGUCAACAUGUUGUUGUCCUGGUCCAUGAGUACUCACUAGUCAGUAAAACAUUAUUACAUGAGUACUCAGUAUUCAUGGGUCAGACCUCUCCCACCUUUGCACUCAGCCUUCAUUUUGAUGUCCACUACCCACCUGUAAUGUUUCGUGACUGUACCUUAUGUGGUUGUGAUGCUAUCUGGGUGCCAAAAUCUGUCCACAGAGAAGCAGAUGACCCUGUCGUGGCUGGUAACAAUAUUAUACACAAAUGCUGAUGUGUUCUAGCAAAGUAUAAAUUUAAGUAAUUUCAACAGUAUAAUGUUUAACUAAUAUGUGGCUAUAAAGAAAGUAAACUCUGUGCUUGGGGAGUGUAUUGUUAAUAGUCUUACAAAACAAACAAGGCAUAGCUUUAGAGCCAUAAAAUUCUAAGCUGUAAACCUCACAACAGGAACAGUGUUUAAAAAUGAGGAAGAAACUUAGAUAGUUAUUCACAGCGGUAGCAAAAGUGCUCAUUUACUUGCAACACUGAUGGCAGGAUGACUUCUCCGUAUAUUAUUCACCUACUGACACUUGUUGGAUUCACGAGAAUUCACAGUGAAAUUAUUACAGUGAGUGAAGUAUCAGUCAAGACUGGAGACUCCAUCUCUAUCCCCUGUCUCUAUGAGGAUCGCUACACAAAGCAUGUGAAGUACCUGUGUAAAGGAAGUUCUUUUCAGUCGUGCAAAAUAGUUGUUAGAACAGAUCGAGGAAAUGGUAGAUCAGGAAGGUUUUCAAUCUACGAUGACACAAAUCAAAGAAUCUUCUCUGUAUCAAUUUGUGAUCUGACGGAUAAGGACUCUGACUACUGGUGUGCUGUCAAGAGAAUUUUUACAGAUGUCGAACAGCGUUUUCGUCUGUCAGUUAGCACAGGUAUGUCAAGUCUGUAUGUGGACCAACAGGAAAUUACAGCAUUUGAAGGAGGAAGUGUGACUGUUGUGUGCCAUUAUAAAUAUCCGGAAGCAACAGAGUGGUGCAGACUGGGUGGGACCUGUGUGAGAGAGCAGACUGGAUUGAUAGAUAGAACACCAGUGACCAUCAAUACAAGUGUCCCUAAUGUUUUCAGUGUGACUAUGACUGAACUGAGGACAGAGAGCAGUGGCUGGUAUUUGUGUGUCAAAGAAGGAUUACAGAUACCAGUGCAUAUAACUGUUCAUGAAUUAACCUCAACCACAACUACAAUCAGCCCCAAUACAGCAAGGACUCUCUCUACCACUCAUCAGCAUUCCUCCUUGGUCACUAGUACUGAGCCACAUAUGGCUCAUGCAACAAACACCACCAUAGCCACAGCAGGUGGAGAAAGCCUGCAAGAUGAACACAAGAGUUCCACUAAAGUGACGAUUCUCACCACCACCCUGGUCUUACAGCUGCUGGUUCUUCCUGCUGCCUUUUUUGGAUGGAGAACAUUAAGACAUAAUAAGACCAAACCUGAGGGGUCUGACGUCACUGUGGAGUCACAAGCUGGGAGUGAUCCUGAAGAACACUAUUCUACUGUUGUUCAUAAUCAACAUGUAGCAGCCCAGAAGAAGGACCAUAAGAAGGAGGAGAGUGUGAUAUACAGUACCGUUGUAAUAAACGAUAGUGUGCAGCAAAUGGCUGAACCAACUGAUGGAAGUGUGAUCUACAGCACAGUACACAAACAAAAGUGAUAAUGAUCAGAAUAGGGUGAGAGAACAAUAAUGCUGCAGGUAUGGCAACACUGACGAAGUCAUUCUGAUGUUCAUUUUCUAAGUUGUACCUAUACAUCACCUUGGAUUCGUCAGUCAGUCCUGCAGUGUAUAUUUAGAGACUUUUGGUCAUGGGUAUCAUUUUGCACACAUACAGGUUAUGAGAUAGACCAGAAUUUGUGGCUGAAAUGGUUUAACUCAUUGUUCCAUUGUAAAUUGCAAUUCAGAAACAGUAGAUUCGGUCACUGCAUGAAAUAUGUUAUAAUAAUUAUUCUUUGUUGAAUAAACAAAUUUGUGUUUUGAUUGUCCCAACAGAAGCUUACCCUCCGUUACUGUAUGAAUAAAAACUGCCAU